GGGUCACCCACUACUGGGCUGUAACGGCGAUCCGAGAGUGGCCGAUUCAAAACACACGCACGCUCGCUCAUAUCUCGUGCGAAAGGGGCCGCAGUUGUAGCGGCGGCAUACGAGUACGGGACGGGCCGUUGUAGUUUGUGUUGACAGAGAAGAUAGCCGAGAUCGGACGGCUAUACACUCGGAGAGGAGGCAGCGACGCGCGGUGGUGAACUCGCCAGGAUAAAGUGCUUCGUCUAACAAAAUUUAGUGUGCCUUCUUAACGGGACAUCAUCGACUCGCUCUCUUCUGGGCACACGCACUACUACUCGCGUUCCUUGCAUUGGUGCGCGUGGCCCAUCACCGGCGUCCGCAUCGGCGGGCCGUCACGCUCCUCCCGCUUCUUGACGCACCGUUUUUACUGGGUCCCUUCAUCUCGAGCGCACGCUUUCCGUGCCGUGGAGUCGUCGUGCAUAGUGCCUUGUCCUUGCGGCGUCGCCAGUCUACUCCCGUGUACCGGUGCGUGGAUAAGAGAAUGCUUCUGCACGGAGUUCUCGCGGCGACAGCGCUGGUGCUUUCGCCGGUCAUCGUCACACCUUCGGAGGCAAGGAUACGAGACGAUCCAAACCAGCCGUUCGCUUACACAAGGUCCGGCUUAGUUCGGGGCGUUCGCUUGAACGUCGGCCACCGACCCGUCGACGCCUUCUACGGCAUACCCUACGCCGAGCCGCCCGUCGGUUAUCUCAGGUUUCGUAAGCCUCGACCCGCGCUGCCUUGGAAAGGCAUCUACUACGCCACGCACAAGAGACCUCCUUGUUCUCAGAAGUCCUGGGAACUUACGCAGGGCUUCACCAUUGACGCUUCCAACACCACCGAGGACUGUCUGCACUUGAACGUGUGGACGGCCGCCCGGUACUGCUUCCACCCCAACAUCGGGCUAUGCACCACCAAAGCCGUGAUGGUGUUCUUCCACGGCGGCGGCUUUCAGUUCGGCGGGAACAGUUACUCCGUCUACGACGCUCGCUACCUGGCCCUGUUCGGCGACGUCGUUGUGGUAGUGCCCAACUACAGACUCAACGUGUUCGGCUUCUUGAACGCCAACGUGUCUGACGCACCGGGCAACAUGGGCAUGUACGAUCAGAUCCUGGCGCUUGAGUGGAUCCAGAAAAACAUCGCCAUGUUCGGCGGGGACCCUAACCGCGUGACGUUGUUCGGCCAGAGUGCCGGUUCGGUAUCCAUAGGCUACCACCUGCUUUCGCCUCUAACCAGGGGCCUCUUCAAGAGGGUCAUAAUGCAGAGCGGCACUCCUUACUGGAAGGUUCCCGACAACACCUUCACCGGCAAGCUCAAGGUCCAGCAACUGGCCGUCGGCCUGGGCUGUCCCGUCGGCGAGAGGGGUAACGUGCUGGCCGAACCCACGAAGGUCAUCGACUGCAUUCGUUCCAGGAGCCGCACGAGCAUAUAUCGGGCCAUGAAGGACGUGUUCGGCGUCGAAGAGAACUACAUGAUCCCGGCCUACUACAGCGAGUUCUUCCUUUCGAACCCGUCCUGGCCACCGAGAGGGGUCUGUUCCAGGACGUCGACCUCAAUAUUCAACUUCAAGGACUACACCAAGAUCACCGUGGACGAGAUAUGGUUCUACAGCCUGCUGGUAUUCCGCGUUAUUCUGGGCAAGAAUCCGGCGCCCAUCCGUGAGCUCUACCUGAGCGACUUGAACGAGACAGACUCGUGGAUGGCGAUGAACCGACUGUCCGAUGCCGUGGGUGACUUCAGCCUCAUCUGCCCGUCGCAGCUGUUCGCCGAGGCUUUCGCCAAGCGCAAGAAUAACGUGUACUUCUACAUAUUCAACCACAGACCUUCAUUCAGCGUCUACCAGCCGUGGACGGGCGUGGCGCACGGAGAUGAGCUGGGCUUUGUGUUUGGCUUCCCGCUCCUCUACCCGCAACACUCGACCGAUGAAGAGAAGAUCCUGUCCAGAAGGAUGAUGCGCAUAUGGUCGACGUUCGCGAGAACUGGGAAGCCGCCGACAGUGGGAGGCCAACUUUGGCCAAGGUUCACACGCGAUCACGCUUUCCACCUGAACAUCAACCUCAAGAACUACUCACACGGCAUCGACUUCCGGAAGAAGCUGUGCUCCUUCUGGAGAAAGUACCUCGUUCCCACCGGUUACUGGUGACCGCGUGGCCCUUCACUCGCAACAGACUCCAGCGCACGCCCAUUUUCUGUACAGUUCUUCGUCUCAUGCUCUGAUAUGUCAUGUCGUUAAACUUGUUACAAAUCUGUAAAUAUAUAGCAAAGUACAAAA